AUUCUCUCAGUUCCCAUCACACAGAAUAAAUGUCCGUUUUGGAUUGAUGUAAAUACGUGCCUGGUAGCAGUGUUGAGGAUCAGUGACCAUCUCGCAGCACUGAAAGACAGACAAUUGCAAUAGCUAAUUAUGUCUGAAGGAAUAGUCUAUGCUGAUGUAAAGUUCAAAAAGCAACAAAGGACUGAAGGAAAAAAUUGUGCAACAGCAUCCACAGUGAAUGAUACCACACACUCUGAAAUUUCCAGAACCAGAUGCAACCAGCCAUCUAUCGACCCAAAUGCUGGUGACCCUGAUUCUCAGGAGGGGUCAAAGGUCAAACCAAGUGGAUAUGACCCUGUCAGAGUUGUUCUGGUGACUCUCUGUGUUCUUCUGAUGGGUGCAGUCAUUGGACUUGGGGUUCUCUUUUUGAAACAUAAUCAAGAAUUGAUUGUGCAGAGAACUUGCUGUAAGAUCACAGGUACUAUGCGAGCAUGUCCAAAUAAAUAGUGGCACAAGAUUCAGUCAUUCCAAAAAAGUGCUUUGUUACAUAGGCCUAUGUUUUAUAUCAUAGAAUGAACUCCAUUAAGGAAUUGGAAUUACUAUAAGAAAUUCCAUGGUAAAAAAGAAAAGAAAAUGGAAGUCACUUCAAACCUAAUUUUAAUGCCUCGGUUUCAGUCUAUUUCUGCUUUUUUCUUAUCCCACUUAGGCUGAGGCUAAGUGUAUGCAUAGUAAAUCAAUGUGUUUUCAUGUCAGUAUGGAUCUUAUACAAUCAGUAAGAUAAAAAAAAAUACAAAAUAAUUAUUCAUAUAGUAUGUUACAAAUACUUGAUUUUGAUAAGGGACUAUUGACAAAUACUUAUAUAUCACCAGGUUAUUUCUGUUCCCUCCCUCCACAGAGGAUGAGCAUCCAAUAUGUGCUCAUGAUUUGGAUGUGUCACGGGAAAAACUGCUAUUAUUUUUCCAAUGAUAGUCUGACCUGGGUUGAGAGUCAGGAUAAAUGUGUCUCCAUGGGAGGACAGCUGGUCAUCAUAGACAGCCAUUAUGAGCAGACAAUCUUAGAUAAGAAAGUUGGUGCUAUAAUGAGUGGUGGUGAAGACAAGUUCUGGAUCGGACUGACAGACCAAAAAGAAGAGGGAAAGUGGUUAUGGGUGGACGACACACCUCUAGAUUCAAAUAACAGCUUCUGGUUUGCUUCCCAAAAUGGCAAGAAAGAGCCUGACAACUGGCAAGGAGACGAGGAAAGAAAAAAUCCAGACGGUGAAGACUGUGCUAGAAUGGGAGAAAAAGAUGGUACUCAUGAUAUCAAGAGUUGGUUUGAUGUCAACUGUGCUUGGUCUCACAGAAGAAUAUGUGAGAAAAUAUUAUUCUGAAAUUUCAUAUUUGUCCUCCCCAGUUUUAUCAUUGGAAUGUGAUACAAAACAGGCUUUAGAACCGUGGAUGCGUCCGAGCAGUCGGGUAGUCUGUUUGAAGUGUUUAUCCGAACCGGAUAAAAUCAAAUUAAAAAAUACCUUAUGUCCCUCCCACUUCUAAAACCAAAGUUGCGCCCCUGUGAUACAGUAUCUGUGUGAAACUAAAAAAAAGUAUUGUAUUUUGCUAUGAACAUAAAAGUAUCUUUACGUUUCUUUUUGCUGACAUUUAUAAUAAGAAGUGAGGAUAAACUGUGUUGGUAAAUGUAUUACAGUAGCUUACUGCUGAUGUUUACAGACUGCUUGUUAUCAACAAUAUGUUUAUGCUUUAUGUGUUUUAUGCUAUAAUGUAAAACAAGCCAAAUCUACAACUGAGCCUAACAAAAAACAUGUCAGAUAUUUUCAGUUCAGCAUUUUCUUUAUUAAAGAACAACUCCACCCCGAAACUAUCUUUUGGUAUUUAUUUCAUUAGUCCAUUGAUCAUAGUAGUUAGGUUUCUGUCCAAUUGGUGACAGAUGUUCAUGCGAAUAUAAAAACAAUUGGCAUAAAAAUAGUAUGCGCAUUUUCCCACCAGAGAUGUUUCCAUCAAAAUAACAUGUUGUGGAUAAAAUGCUGUGUGUGUGUGAUGACCUAGUGAACAUAAAAUAACUGUUGUGGUUAAAUUCCCAUUCCCAAAUAUAAAAUACAAGUUAAAUGGAGUUCUGUAGUAUUUUCACCACUACUGAUGGUUUUGUGAAGAAAAAAACGUGUUUUAGCAAAUGUGCCCACUCUAGCAUUGGCGUGUGCACUAUAUAGCCAAUUAUUAUGGACAAAAGAGUGAGAUAUAUUUUAUUUGUCAAAUGACAGCCAAGCAUUGAUCAUUAUACCACCAAAAUAAGACCCUCAAUAUUUUUUCUGUAGUAGCAUCAAGCGUAUCACCUUGAACUUUCGCCACCCUGUACAUUACAAUUUAUUUUGCUAAGACUUCAUUUUAAGGGGUCCGUAUUACAGUAUAAUAAAUGUGUAAUUACACUAACAAAUAUUGUAGUUAAUUUGUAAUAACUCAUAGUUGCACUGUAAUAACAACAUGUAAUUGAUGGUAAUUGCAUUCUGUAAUUACAGAGGAUUCACAACAAAUACUUGUUACCAUGUUUGUUACUAAACACCAAUUUAGUGUUUAGUUUCUUCUCAGCUCCAUCCAAUUUAGUAUAAACUGUCAAAAGGUUGUAAUCUCUUGGACAGAUGAGCUGGGUGUCCGAGAUUACUACGGUUGGAAGCUCAACAAGCUCUAAUUACCUACCUGUGAAUGGCACACUUCAACAUCUCCUCUCAAUGUUUUUGGUAGCGCUUGCUCACCAAAAAGUGUGCCAUCUUUAUUUGUACUAUAUUUGUACUUUAUUUGUACAUUCUACAUUUCUGAAAAAGGUCGACCGAAGAGGAUGGCUGAUGUUUAACGGACUCCUAACCAACUGUGCUAUUUUGAUAGUUUUUUUUGCGUCAUUUGUAACUUUAAAAAAAAAACUUAUUUUGUACAUAAUGUUGCUGCUACCGUCUCUUAUGACCGAAAAUAACUUCUGGACAUCAGAACAGCGAUUACUCACCUUGAACUGGAAGAAGCUUUUUUCCUUUAAAACCUCUUGUGACUAGGGGGCAGUAUUUUCAUUUUUGGAAAAAUAACGUUCCCAAAGUAAACAGGAUAUUUUGUCAGGACAAGAUGCUAGAAAAUGCAUAUAAUUGACAGCUUAGGAUAGAAAACACUCUAAAGUUUCCAAAACUGUAAAAAUAUUGUCUGUGAGUAUAACAGAACUGAUAUUGCAGGCGAAAGCCUGAGAAAAAUCCAAUCCGGAAGUGCCUCAUGUUUUGAAAGCUCUGCGUUCCAAUGCGUCCCUAUUGAGCAGUGAAUGGGCUAUCAACCAGAUUACUUUUUCUACGUAUUCCCCAAGGUGUCUACAGCAUUGUGACGUAGUUUUACGCCUUUAUGUUGAAGAAUACCCGUAAGCGGCUACAUUGUGUAAGUGGUCACCUGAUGGCUCUGAGAGUGAUUCUCGCGUAAAGUACAGAGGUAGCCAUUUUUCCAAUCGGUCCUACUGAAAAACCAAUUGUCCAGGUGAAUAUAUUAUUGAAUAGAUAUUUGAAAAACACCUUGAGGAUUGAUUAUAAACAACGUUUGUCAUGUUUCUGUCGAUAUUAUGGAGCUAAUUUGCAAUAUUUUUUGGCGUUGUCGUGACCGCAAUUUCCGGUCGAUUUCUCAGCCAAAUGUGAAGAACAAACCGAGCAUUUUUCGCCUACAAAAAUAAGAUUUUUGGAAAAAAUGAACAUUGGCUAUCUAACUGGGAGUCUCGUGAGUGAAAACAUCCGAAGCUCAUCAAAGGUAAAUGAUUUAAUUUGAUUGCUUUUCUGAUUUUCGUGAACAAGUUACCUGCUGCUAGCCGGACAUAAUGCUAUGCUAGGCUAUCGAUAAACUUACACAAAUGCUUGUCUUGCUUUGGCUGUAAAGCAUAUUUUGAAAAUCUGAGAUGACAGGGUGAUUAACAAAAGGCUAAGCUGUGUCUCAAUAUAUUUCACUUGUGAUUUUCAUGAAUAGGUAAUAUUUUCUAGUAAUAUUUAUGUCCGUUGCGUUAUGCUAAUUAGUGUCAGUCGAUGAUUACGCUCCCGGAUCCGGGAUGGGGUGUCAAGUAACGAGUCCGACGAGAAGGAUAUACUGCUUUCCCGGGAGCAGGACCAUGCAUCCGCAGAACAGAGAAGCUACGGGUAAGACGAGGGGUGGGUGUGUGUGUCUAUUUGUGUAUAACAUCUGGUGCCCGAUGUCUAAUAUUAUAGAGGUAUUGACGUAUUGCUCGCCUGAGGCAGAGUACCUUAUGAUAAGCUGUAGACAACACCAUCUACCAAGAGAGUUCUCAUCUAAACUCAGCAAAAAAAGAAACGUCCCUUUUUCAGGACCCUGUCUUUCAAAGAUAAUUGGUAAAAAUCCAAAUAACUUUACAGAUCUUCAUUGUAAAGGGUUUAAACACUGUUUCCCAUGUGUGUUCAUUGAACCAUAAACAAUUAAUGAACAUGCACCUGUGGAACGAUCGUUAAGACACUAACAGCUUACAGACGGUAGGUAAUUAAGGUCACAGUUAUGAAAACUUGGGACACGAAAGAGGCCUUUCUACUGACUCUGAAAAACACCAAAAGACAAAUGCCCAUGGUCCCUGCUCAUCUGCCUGAAUGUGCCUUAGGCAUGCUGCAAGGAGGCAUGAGGACUGCAGAUGUGGCCAGGGCAAUAAAAUGCAAUGUCCAUACUGUGAGACGCCUAAGACAGCACUACAGGGAGACAGGAAGGACCGCUGAUUUUCCUCGCAGUGGCAGACCACGUGCAACAACACAUGCACAGGUGCCCAAGUUACACCAGGAAUGCACAAUCCCUCCAUCAGUGCUCAGACUGUCCGCAAUAGGCCGAGAGAGGCUGGACUGUGGGCUUGUUGAUGUUGAGGCCUGUGGAAAGGCAGGUCCUCAGCAGACAUCACAGGCAACAACGUUGCCUAUGGGCACAAACCCACCGUCGCUGGACCAGACAGGACUGGCAAAAAGUGGUCUUCACUGACGAGUCGCGGUCUUGUCUCACCAGGGGUGAUGGUCGGAUUUGCGCUUAUCGUCGAAGGAAUGAGCGUUACACCGAGGCCUGUACGCUGGAGCGGGAUCGAUUUGGAAGUGGAGGGUCCGUCAUGGUCUGGGGCGGUGUGUCACAGCAUCAUUGGACUGAGCUUGUCAUUGCAGGCAAUCUCAACGCUGUGUGUUACAGGGAAUACAUCCUCCUCCCUCAUGCGGUACCCUUCCUGCAGGCUCAUCCUGACAUGACCCUCCAGUAUGACAAUGCCACUUGCCAUACUGCUCGGUCUGUGCGUGAUUUCCUGCAAGACAGGAAUGUCAGUGUUCUGCUAUUGCCAGCGAAGAGCCCAAAUCUCAAUCCCAUUGAGCACAUCUGGGACCUGUUGGAUCGGAGGAUGAGGGUGAGCCAUUCCCCCCAGAAAUGUCCGGGAACUUGCAGAUGCCUUGGUGGAAGAGCAGGUUAACAUCUCACAGCAAGAACUGGCAAAUCUGGUGCAGUCCAUGAGGAGGAGAUGCACUGCAGUACUUAAUGCAGCUGGUGGCCACACCAGAUACUGACUGUUACUUUUGAUUUUGA